GACCGACACGGUUGUAGCGAAAGCGGUAGAUAACCUACCCAUAAAAUUCAAAUAUGUCGGGACGUUCGGUUCGCGCGGAGACCCGAAGUCGCGCUAAAGAUGACAUUAAGAAAGUGAUGGCUGCUAUCGAAAGAGUACGGAGAUGGGAGAAAAAGUGGGUUACAGUUGGAGACACAUCUCUAAGAAUAUUCAAAUGGGUUCCAGUGGUGGAUACAGAGAGAAGGCAGAAGGAGAAGACCAAAGUGCCUGUUGGAGCAGAUAUCCAGCUGAACAGCUUUUCCACAGAGGAAGUGUCUGAAAAUUCAUGUGCAGUACUACUAGAUUACCAAGAUGAGAACAGCAACCUGAGUUCUCUGUCAGACUUGUACCAGGCCAAAGCGGUGACUGCAGAGAGCAGCAGUAACUCUAGUCCACAGCACAGUGAACCAGUGAGUCCCACUGGACUCACACAUCACUACUGCCCAGAUGAUCCACAACCCCCCACGCUGGGGCAGGACUGCCAGGACCAUAAGCCUCCCACACUGGGGCAGGAGUGUGUGGUUCCACAACCCCCCACGCUGGGGCAGGAGUGUGUGGUUCUAAAACCCCCCAUGCUGGGGCAGGAGUUUGGGGUUCCACAACCCCCCACACUGGGUCAGGAAUGUGUGGCUCCACAACCUCCCACACUGGGGCAAGAGUGUGUGGUUCAACGACCUCCUACACUGGGGCAAGAGUGUGUGGUUCCACAACUGCCUACACUGGAGCAAGAGUGUGUGGUUCCACAACCACCUAUGCUGGGGCAGGAAUUUGUGGUUCCACAACCACCUACACUGGGGCAAGAGUGUGUGGUUCAGCAACCACCCACGCUGGGGCAGGAGUGUGUGCUUCAGCAACCGCCCACGCUGGGGCAGGAGUGUGUGGUUCAACAACCGCCCACACUGGGGCAGGAGUGUGUGGUUCAACAACUGCCCACUCUGGGGCAGGAGUGUGUGGUUCAACAACCGCCCACACUAGGGCAGGAGUGUGUGGUUCAACAACCGCCCAAUCUGGGGCAGGAUUGCGUGGACCCCCAGCCCCCCACACUGGGGCAGGAGUGUGUGGAAGAGCCAUCAAUGCAGCAAUGCGAAAUGACGGAUGAACCACCAACACUGAUUAAAGAAGAUAUUGUACCCAUCAUUGCUCAGGAACACGAGGAUGAGGAAAGCUACGGAGCACCCGCAUUAAAAAGAGUCUGUACUGAACAAACAUCAGUUAUCCGUUCUACUCUAAUGAGUUAACACACACAUACACGCACACACACAAACAUACACACAUACACAUUGCGUGCACUAGGCCAUUGAUAAUCAGCUGGCAGAACUCUGUCUAAACUGCAGGAGACACAUUGUGGCCCAGACAACAACAGAUCAAUAUGAAAGGCAGUUUUAAAGUAAGGUUAAAAUGUUUGUGUUCCUCCCAAGUGUUCUGUUUUGUUGAAUUAUUUGCUUUGGUCAUCUAUUAAAAUGUCUGCCAGACAUAGAAACUGCUUAGACAUUCCUGUCAAGGGGGAGAAAUGUAAUAUUCUGCUUUAAUGUUGUUUAAUUUUAUUUAAUUAUAUGAGCUCUUCUACUGUAGUUUGGGUUUUAUAGUCUGUUUAAUUUGGAUAAUUUGCAGGGCUUGAAAUGAAGACCUAAUGCCCAAAUGUGUUCCAUUCCAGCAAGUAGUGAUGUCUGCCCAUUAUGUUAACAUUCCCCUCUAGUCUUUCCUGUCUACCACAAAGAAAAAAAAACAAGUUUGGAAAACGGUGUUGGUUUGGGCCUGACCUUUAAGCUUCAGGUUCUCUACAGUUCACCUUAUCAUGAGCUGGUCCUAUAUUUACUUGUCUGUUACAGCCAACAUGCUUGCACAUUAAGUAUAUUCAAGAAAACAUCUUUUAAUAUAGUCAAAUAUCCCUUUAACCCAACCAUGUACAUACAUGUAAUUAAACUAUCUGUAAGAGAAAAUGUUAAAUUAUGAUUUGAAAGAUGUGAAUAAUAUGUAGUACCUUAUGGAGCCUGUUGUUUCCUCAGGGUCUUAAAUGCUUCCAUCUAUGCAUAAGGUUUUACUUCUUAUUGUUUUAAUAUUGUUGUUUUUCUGCUCCAUGGUUAAUCUUUUUCCCCACUGAUUUGAAGCUGACAAGUCAAAUGUCUGGGAUGUGAUAUAAAGAAUCUGCCACUUGUCUCCCCACUGUGAUAUUGGGCAUUCUUAGUUAUCAUAAUAGCAAUCAACGAAGUUUUGAUUUUAAAAUGUAAUUAUUAUUGGAUAUGGAAGAUAUUUUGCUUUUUCUGUUUGAAAUGUAUUAUUGUUCACUGGUUAAGUGAUAUCAUAGGUAUUGCAAUUUUAUUAUUAUUUAAAAUGUCAUUAAAAUCUCUGAACCUUC